AUGGAUUCUUCAGAGAUCAAAAAGAAGAUUAAUCGCUUUCGAAUCCUCAUCAUAGGAAGAGCGAAUGCAGGGAAAACCACCAUCCUCCAGAGGGUAUGCAAUACCAAAGAGAACCCCGAGAUAUUUAAUAGCGCUGGUGAAAAGGUGCGCAUCAUGAUGCUACGUGGAGAACACGACAUCGAGAACGAGAUGGUAUUUCGAAAAAACCCAGGAUUCAUCUUUCACGAUUCGCGCGGUUUUGAAGCAGGCGGCGAAUCAGAGUAUGACAAGGUAAACACAUUCAUCACAGACCAUUCAAAGAAAGUAAAGAUUAGUGUUGUGCAAGGCCCAGCUCGGCCCAAAAGCCUGGGCUUGGGCUCGGCUUAA